AUGGCACAAGCGGCCAAACACCUCCGCAAGAACAAGGAUUUAGAAGCCCUUGCCGAGCAGGAGCGCAAGGAGAAGGAGGAGGAAAAGGCCAAGAAGAGGAGUCGCUCGCGGGAUAAAAAACGCAAGGCCCACGCGGUGCAUCGCUGGCUAAUCGAUCAGGACAGUAGUGUGAGCUCUGAGAUGCCGGAUGGCCACGGAGUAUGGCACUUUGAUGAUGAAGCUGAUGCUGGAAACAGUUUUCUGCGGGCGGCCCGUUCUGGCAACCUAGACAAGGCCUUGGACCAUAUCAAAAAUGGCAUCGAUAUUAACACAGCCAAUCAGAAUGGGCUCAACGGGCUGCAUCUGGCCUCUAAAGAAGGCCAUGUCAAAAUGGUGCUGGAGCUUCUCCAUAAUGGAAUCGUACUGGAGACCACCACAAAGAAAGGGAACACUGCCCUGCACAUUGCAGCCCUGGCAGGGCAGGAGCAGGUGGUCACAGAGCUGGUUAACUAUGGGGCCAAUGUUAAUGCUCAGUCCCAGAAGGGAUUCACUCCACUCUACAUGGCCGCACAAGAGAAUCAUUUAGAGGUUGUGAAGUUUCUUCUGGAGAAUGGAGCCAAUCAGAGCAUUCCAACUGAGGAUGGCUUUACCCCUUUGGCCGUGGCUCUUCAGCAGGGACAUGAGAAUGUGGUAGCCCUGCUCAUCAACUACGGCACCAAGGGCAAGGUCCGCCUCCCCGCGCUGCACAUUGCUGCACGCAACGAUGACACACGCACAGCCGCAGUGCUCCUGCAGAAUGACCCCAACCCUGAUGUACUUAGCAAGACAGGAUUCACACCUCUUCACAUUGCUGCACACUAUGAAAACCUGAACGUAGCUCAACUGCUGCUCAACAGAGGAGCCAAUGUCAACUUCACCCCCAAGAACGGUAUCACACCUCUUCACAUUGCAUCCAGAAGAGGGAAUGUCAUUAUGGUCAGACUCCUUCUGGACAGAGGGGCUCAGAUUGAUGCCAAGACCAAGGACGAGCUGACCCCUCUGCACUGUGCUGCCAGAAAUGGACAUGCAAGGAUUAUAGAGAUCCUGCUGGACCAUGGAGCCCCAAUCCAGGCCAAAACUAAGAAUGGCCUGUCUCCAAUUCACAUGUCAGCCCAGGGGGACCACAUGGACUGUGUCAAGCUGGUGCUGCAGUAUAAUGCAGAGAUUGAUGACAUCACACUUGACCACCUUACUCCACUGCAUGUGGCAGCUCACUGUGGGCACCAUCGCAUGGCCAAAGUACUACUGGACAAAGGGGCCAAACCCAACUCCCGGGCACUGAAUGGCUUUACCCCACUGCAUAUUGCCUGUAAAAAGAAUCACAUGCGAGUGAUGGAUCUCCUCCUCAAGCACUCUGCAUCACUAGAGGCCGUGACUGAGUCUGGCCUGACCCCCCUGCACGUAGCCUCAUUUAUGGGUCAUCUCAACAUCGUGAAGAUCUUGCUGCAGAAGGGAGCAUCCCCCAGUGCCUCCAAUGUAAAAGUGGAGACUCCCCUCCAUAUGGCAUCUCGGGCAGGGCACUGUGAAGUGGCAGAGUUCUUACUGCAGAAUACAGCACCAGUAGAUGCCAAGGCCAAGGAUGACCAGACGCCGUUGCAUUGUGCAUCUCGAAUGGGCCACAAAGAGUUGGUGAAGCUGCUGUUGGAUCACAAAGCCAACCCUAACUCAACCACCACGGCGGGGCACACACCCCUACACAUAGCUGCCCGCGAAGGCCACGUACACACCAUACGCAUCCUACUUGACAUGGAGGCUCAGCAGACUAAGAUGACCAAGAAAGGCUUCACUCCACUCCAUGUGGCCUCCAAGUAUGGCAAGGUGGAUGUGGCAGAGCUUUUGUUGGAAAGAGGGGCUAAUCCUAAUGCUUCUGGCAAGAACGGUCUUACUCCUCUACAUGUUGCAGUUCAUCACAACAACCUGGAUGUUGUUAACCUGCUAGUCAGCAAAGGAGGGUCCCCACACAGUGCAGCCAGGAAUGGCUAUACUCCCCUCCACAUAGCUUCCAAACAGAACCAGGUUGAGGUGGCCAACAGCCUGCUGCAGAAUGGAGCAUCUGCAAAUGCUGAGUCACUCCAGGGUGUCACACCUCUUCACCUGGCCUCACAGGAGGGACGGCCAGACAUGGUCUCCCUGCUCAUUUCCAAACAGGCCAAUGUCAAUCUCGGCAACAAGAGUGGACUGACCCCACUCCACCUGGUGGCACAGGAAGGACAUGUUGGCAUUGCUGAUAUUUUGGUGAAGCAAGGGGCCUCAGUUUACGCUGCAACGCGGAUGGGCUACACACCCCUCCAUGUAGCAUGUCACUAUGGCAACAUCAAGAUGGUGAAGUUCCUACUGCAGCAACAGGCCAAUGUCAAUAGCAAAACAAGGGUCGGUUACACCCCUCUGCACCAAGCAGCCCAGCAGGGACACACAGACAUAGUGACAUUACUGCUGAAGCAUGGAGCUCAGCCCAAUGAGAUCACAGCAAAUGGCACAUCUGCCCUGGCCAUUGCAAAGAGGUUGGGGUACAUUUCUGUGAUUGAUGUCCUAAAGUUGGUCACCGAGGAGACAGUUUCCAUGACAACCACAGAGAAACAUCGGAUGAGUUUCCCCGAAACGGUGGAUGAGAUACUGGAUGUAUCAGAGGAUGAAGGAAUUGCACAGCUAACAAUAGGAGAGGAGCUGUUGGGGACAGAAGGGGCCAGGUACAUGAAGAUGGAUGACAUGAAAGACCAUGAUGACGAUUUCCUCUCCCCCAAGAAAUCGCUGGAGUACGAGAGAGGGCUGGGCACUGCAAAUUACUCACCGGCCAUUCCCAGGAUUCCCUGUGUCUCUCCAGAGACAGUUAUCCUGAAAGAGCAUGAGAUCGAUCAGCAACAUACUCCACUCCCUCUACCAAAGGAAUAUGACGAAGACUCCCUGAUUCCCAGUAGCCCUGCAACUGAGACGUCAGACAAUGUCAGCCCAGUGGCCAGCCCAAUACACACAGGGUUUUUGGUCAGUUUUAUGGUGGAUGCUCGAGGUGGUUCAAUGCGAGGCAGCAGGCAUAAUGGCCUGCGUGUCAUUAUACCCCCGCGAACCUGUGCUGCCCCCACACGCAUCACCUGCCGCCUGGUGAAGCCCCAGAAGCUGACCACCCCACCACCUCUAGUUGAAGGGGAGGGAUUGGCUAGCCGAAUCAUCUCCCUUGGCCCAGCCAGUAUGCAGUUCCUGGGGCCAGUGAUUGUGGAAAUCCCUCACUUUGCUGCUCUGGGUCGUGGAGACAGAGAGCUGGUGGUGCUGAGGAGUGAGAAUGGCUCUGUCUGGAAGGAACACCGUAAUCGCUACGGUGAUGAUGUUCUAGAAACAAUCCUCAAUGGGAUGGAUGAAGAUCUGGAGAGUCAAGAGGAGCUUGGGAAGAAACGUAUUCGACGAAUCAUCUCCACCGACUUCCCCCUUUACUUUGCUGUUGUGUCACGUGUCCAGCAAGAGAGUGACCUGAUCGGUCCAGAAGGGGGUUUGCUGACUAGCAAACUGGUGCCAAUGGUCCAGGCCACGUUUCCUGAAACAGCAGUCACCAAACGAGUCCGCCUGGGGCUGCAGGCCCAGCCUGUGCCAGAUGAGCUGGUCGCAAAGCUGCUGGGUAACCAGGCGAACUUUAGCCCCGUGGUGACUGUGGAGCCGCGACGCCGCAAGUUCCACCGACCCAUCGGCCUUCGUAUCCCCCUGCCCCCAUCCUGGAGGGAGAGCCCACGUGACUCUGGGGAGGGAGACACAACCAGUCUACGUCUGCUUUGCUCAGUCAUAGGGGGCACAGCCCCAGCCCAAUGGGAAGACAUUACUGGCACCACAAAACUCAUGUACUCCAAUGACUGUGCCAGUUUCACAACCAAUGUGUCAGCACGGUUCUGGCUGGCAGACUGUCCUCGGACAGCCGAAGCCGUUUCCUUUGCCAACCUACUCUACAGAGAGCUGUCAGCUGUGCCCUACAUGGCCAAAUUUGUGGUGUUUGCCAAGAUGAAUGAGAUCCGAGAGGGGCGCCUACGCUGCUACUGCAUGACUGAUGACAAGAUGGACAAAACCCUGGAACAACAUGAGAACUUCACAGAAGUGGCUCGCAGCAGAGACAUAGAGGUUAUGGAGGGAAUGCCAUUACACCUGGAGUGUUCAGGAAACCUGGUACCAGUGAGGAAGGCCACCCAGCAGCCUCGCUGCUUCAGCUUUCAGGCCUUCAGAGAUAACCGUCUCCCUGUAUCUGUAAAGGUGAGAGACAGCAGUAAGGACCCUACUGGCUUUCUGUCUUUCCUGCGCAAAUCCACCAAGUAUGAGGACAGCCAACAUGUGCUUUGUAACCUCAACAUUACCAUGCCCCCAUGUAUCAGGAUUGUAGGAAGUGAGGACCGGAGGCGAACUCUGACCCCGUUGGCCCUAAGAGAGAGAUACAGCGCACUUAAUGAGCCUGCCAUGGCAUCAAUGAGUGCCAUGGAAAGGACAGAGUUGAAGAUGGCUUUGAUUGCAGAACAGCUGGGGCUAAGCUGGGCUGAGCUGGCACGUGAACUUCAGCUUAGCGUGGAUGAUAUCAACAAGAUCCGCGUGGAGAAUCCUAACUCUCUACUGGAGCAGAGCUCUGCUCUGCUCAACCUAUGGGCCACACGUGAGGGCAAGAAGGCCAAGAUGGAGAGUUUGUAUGCAGCUUUAAAGAGUAUUGACCGUAUGGACAUAGUCAACAUGCUGGAGGGUCAUCCCCCUCAGGCUGCGAGACAAGGGUCCUGUGAACUUGGCAGACGCAGACACAGUGAGAGAGACCACCUCUCUCCUGGCAUGUCGAAUGGUUAUGGGCUGGUGCAGGAAGAGCUCCUCUCACCGGCUUCCAUGCAGUACAGCCUGCCCUCCCCGCUGGGCGCUGAGCCCUACUGGCAGGAAGUCUCCAGUAUGGACUGUGCGCCCAUUGCCACAACGGAGGAGGACACGCUCAUGGAGAUGUCAGACGUCCAGGUGUGGCCCUCAGGCAAUAGCCCCUCGCUGGUGGCUGUGGAGGACUCCUCGCUGGAGUGCAGCAACGCAGACGACUCAGAGGGCUUACUGGGUUUGCCCUAUGGAAGCCUGGGUCGGGCAGUCAGUCAGGCCAGCGCUGCCAGUGGAGGAGGGGGGCUCAGUGGCUCCAUGGAGCUGGCCGAGGACGAUUCAGAGAUGGGUGUUGACUCACUCAGCACUGCCACACCAGCCUCGCUCGGGGGCACCAUCGCUGGGAUUAAUCUUAAUGGACUGAACAAUAGUCAGGGGUCAGAGGCAAGUUCGGAGGUAUCAGCAGUCACUAAUAUGACUGAUGGAGCUGAAAAAGGAGGAGGAGGAAGGGGAGGACGAGGUGGGACAGGCUCAGAGGAAGGGCUUUCUCUUGUUGCAGGACAGCAAAGGGUGUAUGCCCGGCUGAGCGAGUCACCUGGUCUGAGCUGUGUAGCAGAUCACAAUGGAGACAGGUCAGGUAAUGGUGGUAGUGGAAGCAGCGGGGGCUCUUUCUUAUCCUACCUGCAGGAGCAGACGGGCCCCGGCUGGAUCCCUGUUACUGACCCAACUCAAGCCUGGAUGGGCAGUCAGGGUAAACCCAGGCAGGCAAUGGAUGCCAUGGUGUCAUCUGUACACAAUGCUGUGGAUGGAGACCAGUCCCAUGUGUCCCAAGAGGCCUUGCUUCAGCCAGUGAGGGACAUGGGACACUCAGAGAUCCUGCGAGGGCACUUCAGAGGUACCCAGCCUUUUGAGAAGGGCUUGGGCUUCCCUCACAGGGUGCCAGACCUGAGGACCUGGGAGGACAUGCACCUAAGGGGCCAGGGUGAUGAGGUAGAAGACCUUCCUGGGGAGCAUGUAAGCGAGGAGCAGUUCACGGAUGAACAUGGAAACAUUGUCACCAAGAAGAUUGUGAGGAAGGUUGUACGCAGAGGGAAGGGUUCAGGGGAGGACAGUGUUCAGGAGGUGAGCAUGGAGGGCUCUCUGCUGGAUGCCAACGAGCUGGAGGCCGAUGCUGAGCUGUUCAUGAAUUAUGCCAUCCUGGGGCAGGACAGCGGCAAGACGGAUAUUGUGGAUGUGAAGAAAGGUGCUCAGAUAGUGAAAUGUGCCAGUCUGCGGAGAGUAAAGCAGUGAGGCAAACAGAGUACCGCGUCGCCGCAGGGUUCUCCACAGGAUCCAACCCCCUCACCACGGCCAUCCUACUUAGACACAUGACCGGUAGCAGGAGACAGGAAGAAGAACACCCAUGAAAAGGCAGACAGCAAGAAAUGAACAGCAACAGACACCAACUCAGUAAUAACCACAAUGGCUAUGCCAACUAUCAGCACGCACCCGAAAAGAAGGAAAUGGAUUUACUUGUAGUUUUUCUCACCUUUUUUUUUCUUUUUUUUUUUAAAGAAACAGACAUCUACUGUUAGGUUAGAAGCAUGGUUUCGUAUAAAACAAAAACCAAACACAAA